AUGAGUGAUAACGAAGUUAAGGACAAGAACGGCAAUAUCAUCCAUCCUGGUGAUUAUGUUGUUACCAAAAUCCGCGGCGGAACGCAUGAAGGACACGUGAAAGAGAUCAUCUCAGACCAGCAACGAGCGGAAGAAGUUCACGUGAAAAACCCGCCAAAAGUUCGCUUCGAGAAUAAGGAUGGUAAAAUGGUGGCACACAAUCCUGGCACUUUGGAGAUCAAGUAA